UGCAUUUGGCAAAGUGACGUGACGUGACGUUUUGUUUAAAGAUUAAUCCCUGUUGCUUAGAUCGAAAUUAGGCGAUUAUUCAAUCGCGGGGGUGGUUUUCCAUUCCGUUCUACUAGCUGUUUCCUUCUUUCGCUGCGGUUGCGUCCAAUACGUAAUCGGGAGUAUGAAACCUGUCAUUUUUGCUUUAUGGGUAUGCCUAGGCGUUUAUUUUGAGGUAAUUUUCGGGUUUGAUUUGUCCGAAAAUGAGAUCGAUCAUCACGAGGGCCACAACCAUCCGAACCUAAAGUCUCCAGCAAGCGAAUUACCACAUGAAUUGAACAUUUUGAAACUUAGAAACGUCUCGCAUAAAGACCCCGGCGUGUCGCUGGUGGACGGACCAAUCAGUCAAUUCCCAGCGUACAAAUUCCGGCUCCCCUACGAAAAUAUUCCUUUGCCGAAUUCCUCGGUCAUCACGAAAAACUUCAACGUGUCGAACGGAUUUACGGUCGUAUUUUUAUAUCGGCAGCAAAGAAACAAUGUCGGAACUUUGUUGUCCGUCAACUCUCCUGGAAGACUCACGCCGUGGUUUCAGCUCGUUUCCAACUCCAGAACAGGAACACUGUUACUCAAAUACAGACUAGAAAAUUCUAACAAGCCGAGGCAAAUCGAGUGGAGUCUGCCCAGGCACCAUAAAAAAUCUCCUCUAGCAGCGUGGAUAUGGACCUCUGUAUCCGUGGACUAUUCCGAUGGUGUUGUUAGACUGGACGUAGAUUGCGCCCCCAGCGUUUUCGAAAUGAUAUCAUCCGAAAACUCUAAAGAAGACAAAAUAGGAAUUCCGACAGACGCUUUGGUUUACUUCAGGCAGGAACCGGGUCGCAAGAAGAAGUUUUUGGGAUCUAUUCAAGUGGCAAAAGUUUUACCAUACGUCACACACAAGAGGUUGUGGUCUUGUAUGGAAAUAUCCCCCAAUUUACUUCCGGAAUUUCGCAAGCCGCUUUUGUAAACCUUCUAAUCGUAUGAUGCUAUAAUUAAUUUUAAUUAGUUCUAGGUCUUUGACGGCUCAGCGUUUAAUUUUGGAUAGCACGGAUUUUCGUACGUGACACGAUUGGCUAGUGAAAAUUCUAUGUGGGGAUCGAAGUGCCUCUAUCACUUCUUUUUUGUCAAUAAACGGGAUCAGCAGUGUAAAGGGGAAGUAAUGUGAUAUCUUAAAUAUAAUCAACGAUAAUUAAAACUUUAAAGUUAAGAUGGCAAAAUUGAUAGUGUUUAAUUUGUUAGUUGAUAAGGUUCCAUUUAUAUAAAACAUGCAUAGGUAUAUCAUACAGUGUUUUAAUUAGAUUUUUCUUUGACAUGCAAGACCAAAAGAUUUUUGUCCACCGCCCGCGAUAGUCGUUCCUGGAACUCUGCCAGUGGAGGGGGGGGGGGGGAGUUAAAACGGUAGCGCUGGAAGCGGACAGGUAGUACGGAGUUACGAGGCGAGGAGGCCGGUUCAUCGUUUUUGAUACCGGACCCGGCAGACCGACUCAAAGAGUGUUAUUUUUGCGUUGGGUUCCCAAUACUACUCCUCUCAAGUGUGUCCUUGUUUUCUCAAAUAUACGUUGUUUAUUUUACUCCAGAAUUCCACGAGAUUUUAUUAUGUG